CCACGCGAGAGAGGACAAAGGCAGUCCAUGCCGUUCUUCAGCCUCCUCAACCAGUGGCAUAAUUUCUUUGUUGUGUUAUCUUAGCAACGUUGGCUAAAGACAGAAGGACAAGCUGUCAUUCUAAUGUCAUUCUCAUUCAGAAGGACAAACAAACUGUCAUUGUAAAGGCUCUGAAAUACGUCGAGCUCAGUGGAUUGGUUGAAGAACGUUUGGGGACAUGCUGCUGUCGACUCGAAGGAAUCUCUCCCCUUUUCGUCAAAACCAGGCUUCCCUCCUCGGAAUAAACUUCCAUUCGCUAAACUAAACUAUCAAAGAGGAGACCAUACCAUAGAUGAGACAUUAGUGGUGGAGGUUGGUGUGAAACGGGGCAGCUGUCACUCCCUUAACCCCCCACUCGUGACUUUCCAGGUGGGGAUGGGGUAACUGGGACCUGCGGAGACCAUGGUGGUCACCCAUUUGGAGCUGGAGCUGUGCUACCAGGGGAAGAAGCUGAGGGGCUUCACCUGUAAACUGACCCGCUCCCACCAUGGCUACCUGCCUGAGAGUGCCUGGCUCAUCGCGGUUCAGAUCCUACUGCCCUACCUGGUGGCCGGCCUGGGCAUGGUGGCAGCGGGCAUAGUCAUGGAUGUGGUUCAACAUUGGGAGGUGUUUAAGGAGAUCACAGAGGUGUUUAUCUUGGUGCCAGCCCUGGUGGGACUGAAAGGCAACCUGGAGAUGACACUGGCAUCCAGACUGUCUACAGCAGCGAACACUGGGCAGCUGGAUGAUCCAAAGCAGCAGUGGAGGAUGGUGUGUAGCAACCUGGCUCUCAUUCAGGUCCAGGCCACAGUGGUGGGUUUCCUGGCUGCAGUAGCUGCAGUGGGGUUGGGCGCAUUGACCAGGGGUCAUGUAGACCUGCUGCAGGCUGCUGUUUUAUGUGCCAGCAGCGUCACCACAGCCUUUGUAGCUGCCCUGUCCUUGGGCCUGGUGAUGGUGGGAGUGAUCAUUGGCUCCAGGAAGGUGGGAAUCAAUCCUGACAACGUGGCUACGCCCAUCGCUGCCAGCCUGGGUGACCUCAUCACCCUCUCUCUGCUGGCUGGGGUCAGCAGCUUCCUCUUCCGGUUUAAAGAGAUGUGGUACCUGCCUGCUCUGGUGUGUGGCUUCUUCCUGGUUCUCAUUCCGCUGUGGGUGGUCAUCGCCCGGCGCUCUCCUCCAAUCAGAGAGGUGCUGAGGUCUGGGUGGCAGCCCGUCAUCGUGGCCAUGUCCAUCAGCAGUAUCGGGGGCCUGAUACUGGAUAGGACCGUGAGCGACCCGAACUUUGAGGGCAUGGCGGUGUUCACCCCCGUAAUCAACGGUGUGGGAGGUAACCUGGUAGCCAUCCAGGCCAGCCGCAUCUCCACCUACCUACACUACUGGAGUAUGCCGGGGACCCUGCCCUUCCAGAUGACACAACACUGGCAUGGCCCCUGCCUGACCUUCUGCUCCUCAGGGGUCAACUCCAAGUCAGCGAGGGUUCUGGUCUUCCUGGUGGUUCCGGGUCACCUGUUCUUCCUCUACACCAUCCACUUACUGAAUGGCGGCCAUGGCGCCCUCACGCCUGCCUUUGUCUGCCUUUACCUGUGUGCCGCCCUGCUACAGGUUGUGAUUCUGCUGUACGUGGCUGACCUGAUGGUGUGCUGGAUGUGGCGGCAGGGGCUGGACCCGGACAACUACUCCAUCCCGUACCUCACGGCUCUGGGGGAUCUGUUGGGGACCGGCUUCCUGGCCCUGAGCUUCAGGGCCGUUCUAUUGGCCACUUCCUCUGGGACGAAGGGGGUCUAAGAGAAGGAAGGGCAUGCUCUCUUGGUCCCUAAUCCAUCAGCCUAUUUCUGUCCAACAUGGUCUCAUUUCAAUAUGUGAAAAUAGUGACAUUUAACUAUUGUAGUUAUAUGUCACUUAUUGAGACGUAUUAUAAGUGGUUAUUUUCACCCAUAAGGAGCUCUGUUCAGGUCAUAUACAGUGGGGAAAAAUGUAUUUAGUCAG